UGUCCGUGUCCGUGUCGCCAUCUUUGAACGUUCAAGCGUUGUUUCGGACGGGAUGAUCUGGGCGAGCACCGGGCCACAUUAACUUCGAGUGCGCGUUACCGUGCAACACGUCGCGGACGACAUAAUAACGGUAUUUUGCGGUUAAGAUUCGUCGGUUGCACGUCGUCAAUAUCAUCCACAUCCACAUCCACAGGAAAGGCAAAGAAAACGAAACGUUCACUUGGCCAAGUGGGCAGCACACAAGAAAAAUACUAGCGAAAAAAGAAAAGGGACAAGAAGGAAACACACACACACGUUACACGUUAGUUGAGUGGCAAACUUGGACACAUACGCCCAGCUUGUUGCUGGCUGUGGGCGUGGCAAUAGCAACCAAAACACACACGAACGAACAACUGCAACUGCAACACUCACAUGUGUCCUCCUCCGUGUGUGUCGCGGAUAUUUUUGUGCGGAAAUUAUAGAAAUUUCGCUUUUUGAUUUCAUUUUCAUUCCGCUUUCGUUGGCGGCCCCAACUUCUCCGACUGCUACUCCCUUUCCUCCUAUGCACCUGUGCGAACAUCAAGGAACGCGUUCUUAUCCUCGUCCUCAACGCCGUAUACGUUGCUGCCUUUGCUGCCUCCGCUGCCGUCGGUGUCCAGUCUGCCUUGUCCUUGCACUGACAAAUUUCCUUGCAUAUCCGCUACAAAACUACUACGGCGACAUCAAAUACAAACAAAACCUUUAUUCGCGUGGCGCGUCGCUGUCGCGUUCACUUGUCGCAUGUCCGUCGCCAUUCUGACAAUAAUUUCAUUUCCGGUCUGCAAAUUGUACGCACUUGUUUUGAGUGAUUAACGGCCCUUAACGAUUGAGCCAACAAGUGAAGUGUUUGCGAUUGAAACGUUACCUACACCCAACGGAAGUUCUUCAAGUCGAGUGCAGCUAAGACUACAAGCGGAGUAGUAUUUUUGGAUAAGCUCUAUCAGAGAAACAGCCAUAAUCCUGAGAGUCAAGUGGAAUCCAUUGUUCAGCCAACAGCCAGCCAUUGAGGCUUCUCAGGCUUGCACCAUGUACGAGAACUCGUGUUCGUAUCAGACGGCGCUGGACCUGAAGCGUGUCUCGCCACCGACACUCGCCCAGGUGAAGACCGAGGACUGCCUGACGCUGGGGCAGUGCUCGCCGGACUGGACCUCGUACCGCUUCCAUCAGUCCACCUUUGAGCAGCUGAAGCAGAGCGUGGAGAAGGCCAAGGCGGCGCUGCAGGAUCGCAGCAGUUUCUUCGGGGCCACCAGUGCUUUCAGCGACAUUUACUCCAGCCAGCGCCUGACAGACAGCCUCGACACCCUGCCCGUUCAGACCGGGAAUGGAGCUGGCAAUUGCCUGGGUUUGCCGCACAAUCACGGCCCUGGUGUCGGUGUGGGCGUCGGCGUUGGUGUGGGCGUGGCCGGAGUGCUCAACUACAAUGCGGUGACUAGCAGUACGGCCGGAGUGAGCAGCAGUGUGCAGCGCCAUCGUCUGGAUACAUUGCAGCCACCCGCUGGGUGUUCGCCCGCCGGCACACAGCAUGGCGUCAUCACGUCCAGUGCUGGCCAGGUCACAUCCGGCACUUUGGAUGCGGUUAGUGCGGCACCGGCAUUGCCGUCGCUAACGGCGUCCAGCACAUCCCAUGUGGAGCACAAAGUCCGAGCAGAUAAAUCCUCGCUGGACUGCGCCACAACAUCCUCGCACUCCGCCGUGCCCUCGUCCUCGUCCGCCUCCAGCGACCAGCAUCAGCAGCAGCAGGGCAGGCACAGCGGAAGUAAGAGCAGCAGCAGCAGCGCCGGUGGUGCAGGAGGAGGAGGCGGUGUCGGUGUCGGUGUUGGAGGAACAACAGCAGGAGCAGGCAGCUCGGCACUGUAUUCCUCCUACAAAUCGUCGUGGGGUUCCCACAGUUCGACCCAAUCGCAAGGCUACAGUUCCAAUGCCUUGAGCAUCAAACAUGAUCCGCACUCGCAACUACGGCAACCUGAUCCAUAUCAAAUGUUCGGACCCACCAGCAGCAGGCUGGCCAGCUCAGGCUCCGGACAGAUACAAUUAUGGCAAUUCCUGCUCGAGCUGCUGUCGGACUCGAACAACGCCAGCUGCAUCACCUGGGAGGGCACCAACGGGGAGUUCAAGCUCACAGAUCCCGAUGAGGUGGCCCGUCGCUGGGGCGAGCGCAAGUCCAAGCCGAACAUGAACUACGACAAACUGAGUCGCGCCUUGAGAUAUUAUUACGACAAGAACAUCAUGACCAAGGUGCACGGCAAGCGGUAUGCGUACAAAUUCGAUUUCCAAGGCCUGGCAGCUGCCACACAGCCUGCGGCCAGCGAUCCCACCUACAAGUAUCAGAGCGACUUGUUCAUGACACCAUAUCAUCACAGCGCCAAGCUCAGCUCGUUCAUGAGUCCCCACCAUGGCAUGACCUCGUCAUCGGCUUCCAUCUUCCCGUCGGCUGCCUCGUGGGGCAACUGGGGCAGUCCGGCCACGAAUCUAUAUCAGCCGCACUCGAUGAGCCAUGUGACGCCUUCUCAUGUGGCGCCGCAUCUGAGCAGCUAUCCCCACUACGCAUGACCAUCAUCGUCCGGUGGCGCCUUCUAAUAUGAGAGCAACGCCAUCGCCAGUGCCACAGGCAUUGGCGGCGGCACUGCAGCAACAGGCGUCGGCGGCAUAGUCGGAUCGGGGACGGCGACAGGCGGCUUGGGCUCCACAUCCAGCAGCACCAGCAGUGGCAACGGGGGCGGUGGCGUGAGCAGUUUGAUGAGUGGCUUCGGCAGCGCCGGCAGCAACAGCAACCUCAAUGGCUCCUCGCAUGUCUCCAGCAGCGGUGGAGCCGGGGGUGCGACCAGUGUAAGCAAUAAUCUGAAUAUAGCCACGGCCACCUUGACGGCGGCCCCGGCCCAUACCAGUGCCGGGUUCGGGGCCAUCGGGGGUCUCAGUGUGGCCGGCAUGGGUGUGGGUGUGGGCGUGGGCGUGGGCGUCGGGGUGGGUGGCGGCAGCUCGACGCUCAAUUCCCUGGUCGUGGGCAACCGCCUGAUGAACAGCAGCCUGCCGACGCUGCUCAAAUGAUGUCACCUGGAGAAGUUCGGGCUGACGAUGGGCGCAGGACCAUCGCCGCCGGCGGCCACUCCCGCCGCAGGCACUGCCGUCAGUCUGGACAACAUGCCGCCGUAUCCCGGUCAUCCGGCUCAUCACGGACAUCCUGCCCAUCCAGGGAAUUAUGGCGCCAACGAGCGGGCCCUCUACGAUUAUCUGGACAUGAAGAGCGGCGAGCAGGCCACAUUUUUACUGUAAAUGCAACCAGAACUUGUAACCAGAACCACCAGAAAAUGAAUCCAAACGAAACGCAAGAAACUCGAAUAUUUGAGCGGAUUUUAUUCUUAGAACUUUAGCGAAUGGAACCAACCAGCAAAACCAACCCCCAAAAAUAAGACCCCAAACAGAGUAUUUUAUGUGUGCGCGAAUGAGACAAAAAAUUCGAAGAGUGCGGUGUGGUGUGUGAGUGCAUGAGAGUGAGUGAUUAGAAUAGAUGUUUUUUUUUUUCGUAGUUGCUGCUCCAAUACCAAUCCUCGUAUACGUACGUACGAUGGAGAGACGAUAAGAAUUAGGAGUAACGUAACCCGUAGUUAUCAAACAAAACCUGCAGUCUGCAAAGCGUAAAACAAAACCCAAACUUCUCAGUGUUUUUAGUGUUUUUAGUGUAACAGAAUAAACAACCAAACGAAAAAGAAAGCCAAGCAAAAAAGUUAUUGGAAAACUCUUUCUCCUACAAUAGAAUCCUCAAGUUUCCACUUGAAUAAUUCUAUAUUGUUCUCAAUUGUUGUUAGCAUUUUCUCUGUGAAGAAGUGUAAAUAGAAAUACGAUUAGAGGACUACGAUCCAGAAACCAGAGCAGAUUCAGAACUACUCGUAGAAUGUAGCACCAAACAAGCCCACAGGCCCACAAACCCACAGUGAAUGUCUAGUUAUAGAAGUUUCCCACAUAUUCGCUUCAAUUUACGAUAUGUAAAUAAAUAUAUAUAUACAUAAAUAUUUGCCAUAUGCAAAACAUUUUUUUUUUUUUUUUAUGCAAAAUCUACAUACUAAGUGUAAUAAUGUUUAGCAAUAAAAAGUAGUUUCUAUGUGUGUUUCAAAUGGUUCAUGCAUUCAGUUUCGGUGCCCACACCCCUGCUUUGGGGGGCAUACGAAGUGUCGUUUAAGAGACAUCCUUAGGUUUUUCCUUAUCGCUUAUCCUUUCGAGAUGGUUGACUGUGAUAGUUGAUUGUACAGUUAAACUCUUACAUAAUUUUUUUUGAAUACCAAAUAAUAUACGAACCGAAUAUUUAAAUAAAUAACAUACUAUUAAUCGAAAAUCUACACAUACUAUACGCAUAUACAUACAGUAUAUAUAAGUAUAUAGUAUAUUUGUGUGUAAAAAAAUAAAUCUUUUUAAACCCUAAGUCCACGUUUAACUAUAACAUUACCUACAAAUAUGAAAUAUGUAUGUGUGUAACCAUUUCAAUGUGUGUGAAUUACUAAAUUCAAAUGCAAAUGCCAAUGCAAAUGCAGCAAAUGCAGCAAAUCCAUACAAGAAAUACCACAAGGCGAUCUUAACGCCAUCGAUCUAGAUGUAUACAAUUUUUAAAUUCUGAAUGUAAUCCCCUCAAGAAUUAAAAAACAUCAGCAACGCCCACACACCGAAACCCUCUAAGAAUUUAGUUAACUUAAGGCAAAAACUUUCAACCAAAAUAAAACCCAAUUCAAAACGGUA